GGAGGCGAGGCUCGGGCCAUGGAGGCGGAGGGCUGCCGCUACCAGUUUCGGAUCGUGGUGCUGGGGGACGCGACGGUGGGUAAGACCUCGCUGCUGCGACGCUUCGUGGAGGGCGCGGCCGGGACGCUGGAGCCCGGGCCGGAGCCGGAGGCGGCGCCCACGGUGGGCGUCGAGUUCUACGGCCGCGCGCUGCGGCUGCCGGCCGGGCCGCGGGUCAAGCUGCAGCUCUGGGACACCGCGGGCCAGGAGCGCUUCAGGUGCAUCACCAGGUCUUUUUACCGGAAUGUGGUGGGUGUCCUGCUGGUUUUCGACAUGACAAACAGGAAGUCCUUUGAACACAUUCCAGACUGGCACCAGGAGGUCAUGGCCACUCAGGGCCCCGACAGGGCAAUCUUCCUGCUCCUGGGCCACAAGAGUGACCUGGAGAGCAGCCGCUGUGUCUCGGCCCAGGAGGCAGAGGAGCUGGCUGCCUCCCUGGGCAUGGCCUUCAUGGAAACCUCAGCCAGAAGUAACUGCAAUGUGGACCUAGCUUUCCAGACUCUUGCCAACGCCAUCCAGCAGGCCCUGCAGCAGGGGGACAUCAAGUUGGAGGAGGACUGGGGGGGCAUUCGGCUCAUCAACAAGCCUCCAAUUCCCAGGCUCCCCAGCAGGAAGCGGCAUGCAGGCCCGUGCCAGUGUUGACUCUGGGAGGAAAAGGGUUAAAACAGUGCCAACCUCAGACGUGCUGAUGGGAUGGAGACUGUCUCUCCAAAGGGCAAAUGGCGGAAUAUACCCAAAGGGUUCAUAUAAACAAUUUCCUGGCAUA